AGUAGUCGCUGUUCAGUUCUGCAACAAUGGAGACAGGCUGCGGUUUGUCAGCGGCAGCAGAGACGGCACAGCAAGAAUAUGGCAAUACCAGCAGCAAGAAUGGAAGAACAUAGUGCUGGAUAUGGCUACCAAGAUGACUGGGAAUAGUGUUGUAUCUGGCGAGGACAAAGUUUCAAAGCUGAAGGUGACCAUGGUAGCUUGGGAUCGAUAUGAUACCACUGUUAUCACGGCAGUCAAUAACUUCCUCUUGAAAGUGUGGAAUUCUUCUACAGGGCAGCUUCUUCACACCUUAUCUGGCCACGACGACGAAGUGUUUGUUUUGGAAGCUCACCCGUUCGACCAAAGGAUCAUGCUCUCUGCCGGCCACGAUGGGAACAUUUUCAUUUGGGACCUUGAAAAAGGAACAAAAAUUCGCAAUUACUUCAACAUGAUUGAAGGCCAAGGUCACGGUGCAGUAUUCGAUUGCAAAUUCUCCCCUGACGGACAACACUUCGCCUGCACAGACUCGCAUGGGCACCUGCUGCUAUUUGGUUUUGGAUGCAAUAAAUUUUUCGAAAAGCUUCCAGAUCAGAUGUUCUUCCAUACAGAUUACCGCCCCCUGAUCCGUGAUGCUAAUAACUAUGUGCUGGACGAACAAACUCAGCAGGCCCCACAUCUCAUGCCUCCCCCCUUCCUGGUAGAUGUGGAUGGAAAUCCCCACCCCACAAGAUACCAAAGGCUUGUCCCAGGGCGGGAGAAUUGUAAAGACGAGCAGCUCAUUCCUCAGCUGGGAUAUGUUGCGAACGGUGACGGGGAGGUGGUGGAGCAAGUGAUUGGGCAGCAAACCAACGACCACGAAGAGAGCAUCCUCGACGGAAUGAUCAGAGAGUUGCAACGAGAACAAGAUAUGAGAAGGCGCCCCAACAGUGAAGUUCCUUCAAAUCCUCUGCAAAACAGAUCUCAGCCGGUCAGCGUUUUGAGAAGUCCAAGUUUGGAUCUUGCUUCUCCCCCAAAUGUCGGGCUGAGACGGAGCGGCCAGAUCGAAGGUGUCAGGCAGAUGCACCACAAUGCCCCGAGGAGUCAGAUUGCCACUGAGAGAGAUCUCAUGGCCUGGAGCCGGAGAGUGGUGGUAAAUGAGCUGCAUCCCGGGGUUAGCAGAGUCCAAGAAGAAAUCCGAGGCGCCAAAGGUGAUUUAGAAGUCCAUCUGUACACAUCUGAAAAAAAGAGAAAGCCUUCCCACACGUUACAAAGGAGCGAUUACCAACCUGGCAGUGGACGAUCUUUGCGGAGGAACCAACGCAAGCGCCAGCACGCUUACCAAACACGCUCCACCAUAGAACCCCCUUCCCAAGGCGCAAAGAGAAAUUCACACACCCAGGAAGAUUCUGAAAGCUCCUCUGAGGAAGACGAUACCGGCGGCACAAGCGAUGCCUCUGUGGACGACAACGUGGCUGCGUGGCAAAGUGAAAGCAGUUCCAGUGAUUCAUCUAGCGAAUACUCCGACUGGACUGCCGAUGCCGGUAUUAACCUCCAGCCUCCAAAGAGACAAACCCGGCAAGCUGCUCGCAAAAUCUGUAGCAGCUCUGAAGACGAGAAUGCAAAAGAUGCGAAAGGGCAAGAAGAAAAACGCAAGAAAUCCAAACAGGCGCGGAAAAAGAAACCCGGCGGGCUGCUGUCAAUGGAUGGAGAGCCAACAGAGGAAUGGUUUGCUCCCCACUGGAUCUUGGAUACCAUCCCACGACGUUCCCCCUUUGUCCCACAAAUGGGAGAUGAGAUCAUCUAUUUUAGACAAGGGCAUGAAGCUUACGUGCGUGCAGUACGGAAGGCAAAAAAUUAUGCUAUUAACUUGCAAAAGCAGCCGUGGAAUAAAAUGGAACUCAGGGAACAAGAAUUUGUGAAAAUUGUGGGAAUUAAGUAUGAAGUUGGACCACCAACCCUUUGCUGCUUGAAACUUGCCUUUCUUGAUCCGAUCUCAGGCAAAAUGACUGGUGAAUCAUUUUCCAUUAAGUACCACGAUAUGCCCGAUGUUAUUGAUUUCCUUGUGUUGCAUCAAUUUUACAAUGAAGCCAAAGAAAGGAACUGGCAGAUUGAUGAUAGAUUUCGCAGCAUAAUAGAUGAUGCAUGGUGGUUUGGAACGGUGGAGAGCCAGCAGCCAUUCCAGCAGGAAUAUCCUGAUAGUUCUUUCCAGUGCUACAGCGUUCACUGGGACAACAACGAAAGGGAAAAAAUGAGCCCCUGGGAUAUGGAGCCGAUUCCAGAAGGAACUGCUUAUCCGGAGGAGGUUGGAGCUGGAGUCCCUGUAACCUCGGACGAGCUGGCAUCUCUGCUGUACAAGCCCCAGGAAGGUGAAUGGGGGGCCCAUUCUCGAGACGAGGAAUGCGUGCGGGUCCUUCGAGGCAUCGAUCAGCUCUUGUCCCUAGAUAUUUCUAACCCCUUUGCUGUCCCGGUGGACCUUAGUGCCUAUCCUCUGUAUUGCACUGUCGUUGCUUACCCGACUGACCUCACCACAAUUAGGAGAAGACUUGAAAACAGAUUUUACAGGAGAAUAUCGGCGUUAAUGUGGGAGGUACGAUACAUUGAACAUAAUGCCAGGACAUUCAAUGAGCCCGACAGUCCUAUAGUUAAAGCAGCCAAAAUCGUUACCGAUGUCUUACUUCGCUACAUUGGGGAUCAGGGUUGCACAGAUAUCCUGGACAUCUAUAACAAAGUGAAGGCAGAAGAUCUGAGCAGCUCAGAUGAGGAGGAAGAGGUGGCAGAAGUCUAUGCUGAGUCAGAUGGUCCAGGAACCUCCUCUGGGAAAAGAAUGGUAAGACGCCAGAUAAAAAGGCAACCCAGCAAAGCGUGCGCCCGAUGCCUGGAAGGAACGUUACCAAGCAGCUUCAGUUAAGCCCUGAUCUCUGAACGUGAAGACUCCUGAGCCAUUUAGACAGCAACCUGUUGGAUCUCUCUUUUCCUAUCCCGAUUACCGAGAUAUUGUAGAUACUCCAAUGGACUUCAGCACUGUGAAAGAAACUUUGGAAGCAGGAAAUUACAGGAACCCCCUCGAAUUCUACAAGGAUGUUCGUUUGAUAUUCUGC